AUGAAAAGAUUUGAAAAGUUAGGGAAGAUUCAACGCCAUCGAAAACGUUUGGUGUUUUUGAUAUUACUUUCUUUAUCUAUUUUCAUAUGUAUGGCUCUCUUCUUACUUAUUUCUGGCAUGGCAUUACAAUACAAUUCAGAAGAAGGCCAAUCACGUAUGGGAAAGGGUUCAGCCGUAUUCGGUAAAAUGGAAGGAAAUGUCUUUUCAUCUCAUAAUCUUCCAUCCGCAUCCAAAUCUGUGGAAGAGGCGACCAUAUUUCUCUCAAUUGCGGCUUUUCGUGAUGUGGAGUGUGUUACCACGGUUGAGAGUGCAUUAACUCGCGCACGGUUUCCACAUCGUGUAUUUAUAGGUAUAAGUGAAGAACGAUAUGAAAAUGAUGAGAGUUGCAUAAAUCUCACCGAUACACUUCAGAGAAUGAAUAUGACUCGCACUCGCACACUGCGUUGGAAAGAUGUAGUGCCUUCGGCCUUUGAAACUGAAAAGAAUGCAGAAAGUAAAUCUAAACCAACACCUUUACUUCAUCCUGGACGAAGUAAUGAUUUGAUAACAUGUUUGCUUAGUCCUCAUGCUGCUAGUAGGACUUUAGAUUCUACGAACACUUCUGUGUUGGAUGGGUGUCAAAUAAUAACAAGAGUGGGAGAACCAGAUGAUGCACGUGGCCCAACAUAUGCUCGAUACAUCACAAGUUUGUUUUUUAAUAAUCAGGAUUAUUAUAUGGUGGUGGAUAGUCAUUCGAGAUUUAUACCAGAUUGGGAUAUAAAGAUGAUUGAACGUGCACGACUUAUGCCUACACGUGGAGUGAUGUCUCAUUACCCAAAUGGAUAUACCCCAGAGAAUCCAGAUAAGGAAAUAACAAAGUUAGAUGUUAUGUCUAUGUGUAAAGGAGUGAUUAUGCCAAAUAAUAUCCCCAAACUCGGAGCACGAUGGAUUCCAAUUCAAUCUAAACCAGUAUUACAAGGCUUUGUGGCGGCUGGAUACAUAUUUGGGGAUUCACAGUUUGUACGAGAUGUACCAUUUGAUCCUUAUCUUCCCUAUUUAUUUGAUGGAGAGGAGAUAUUAUACACCGCUCGACUCUAUACAAGUGGCUGGGAUAGUUAUUGCCCGGGCUCCGCAUUACUUUAUCACAACUAUGAAAGACAUAAGGCCCCACGGUAUUUUGCCGUGAUAGUAAGGGAUGAAGUCCGUGCCCAUCGAUUAUUACAACAACGAACAGCCAUUCGACGUGUUUUGUAUUUACUACGACGAUGUCAACUCAACACAACAAAUCGAAUUGUAACGGAUGAUGAGGCUCAUGUGUUAAAUCCCGCAAUUGGACAAUAUGAAAAGUUUUUUGGAAUGGGGAAGGUGCGGUCUCUCCAUAGUUAUUGGCAUUUUACACAACUCAGUGAUGAGUUUAUAAAGAGCAAAGAUAAUGAGGGACGAUGGAUGGGGGGUGAAGGACUAUGUGAGAUUAAAUAG